CGAAGAAUGGUGGCUGCUGAUGUCUGCUUUUCGACAGAUCGACAAAUAAUUAUCAGAUUAAAUCAUGCAACUCCUUGUUUCUAACUCACAAUUCUAAAUUUUCUACUGUACUUAUUUAUCACAUUUAUCGAGCCAAAGUAUUUUGUGGUUCUAUUCUCACAUUCAACAAGUCCUUCGAGAGAAAAUAAGACACUAGCUAUCUAUCGCCAUUAUGGACGGCCUAACGGGAAGCACGUGUCGGAAAGCCGAAUCUCGGUUUUGGUGGGAUAUUCCAAAAAGCCAAGGGUUUUCAUCUUGCUAAUGUCCUUCUGAUAGCCCGACAGCUUGCUCAUAUCGUAACCAAGCUCCAGCGCAACCACCUUGCGAUCGUGUCUCUCUCCAUCCAGCAAAGCGUCAAAGAUAAGACGGGCCUUGGGGCUCAGCAUCUCCUUCAUGUCCUCGUGGAUUGACUCGUUGGUCAGGGCCGACGAGGCCGACGAAGAGAGCGAAAACAGCGAGGAUCCCUUCUCGGAAAGGAUCAGGGUGCUCCCCGGCCCGUAGGUAAGGUACCCGCCCUUCUUGAGCUGUCCCAGGUUCUUCUCAAACCCCGCCUUGGUUUUUGUGUUCCCGGAAAAGGCCUGAACGUUCUUGCGGCUGGGUGCUUCCAUGCCAAUGGCGUGUAGCUUGGCAAUCGUCUCGAGAAUGAUGGCUUGCUUGGGUUUGACGGCACCGACACCACCCUUUGCGGCCGAUUGGUGCUUGGAAGAUACCGAUUUGGAGGUGCCCGAGAUCUUCUUUUGUGUUCGCUUCUCGGAUGCUUUCGCUUUGUUGUGACAACGAAGGGAUGCAAAGUGUUAGGACGGUUGUGUUCGUGCCGCGCCACGUAAGUCUUCCAGGAAUGCAGAGCGAAACGCAAGACAACGACAGAGGGUGGAUUCCCGGAUCUUGAUUUUAGCAUUCACGUACCCAUGGUAGAUUGUUUGUGGUUCACAGAAAUAGGAGCGACGAGGAAGGAAUGCGACGCGAUCGAAUGAGAAAUGCGUUUCGUAUCGGAUUGUUGCGACUAUUAUGGUCCUUUCCAGAAUUUUUCGCACGCUGUAAUGAAGAAGCCACGGGCAUCGGUCACAAAGAAUAUUUGUCCCCUGGCAAGCACGGGAAAACGGGCAACCGAUGGAAGCCGCGGUACAAGAACGUUGUGUUUCGCAGUAGAAUCCGGUACUGGUGUACGAAAAACCAAUGCCGAGGAAGCAGAAACGAAGGGGAGAGAAAGCGACGGGAACGAACCGGUAACUCGCUUUUUGUUCGAGUUGUGGGGUUUCUGUUUCCAUUCGUUUGAUUUUGAUCACCCGGUCAACACGUUUUCAAAACAGAGACAACUCCGUCGCAUCGAAUUCUUUGUACUUGUGUAUUCUCUUAGUACAAAUAGUACGAUACCGUACGACACCAUGCAAUCAAAGAAAAUAAUAAAUGCUGAAUACAGUAGUGAAUAGUGAAUCGUGGUUUCGUACUGUACCAAGUACCGUACCGUAUGAACGAAGAUUUUGUGAUCGCUGAAAUCGAAUCCCGUGACGAUACAGUGAAACAUUAAAACCGUGAAAACGGGUUCUAUUUUCGAGAUCGUACGGUACGUAUGGUAGAAUCCUACGUACGAUACGAGUACGGUACGUAGUACGUACUCGUAUAGGUACAAGUAGUAGGUUUGUUUCGUAUCGAUUAAUGGGUACGAUCAUACUUUUGUCGCAUGGACCAAGUUUUCUUGGAAAUUACCAUCUUCUACCGGUAUGAGGAUCAAGGAAUCUCUUAGAUUCCUUGGGACCUGAGAACGGACAGACAGGUCGUUUUUCUUCUCAUUCUAUGAAACUGAGUGAAUCGGUUCAGUACAGUACAAUACGUUACGAUACGAUACGAUACGGUACUCGUACUAUUGUGUGGCUUCACGAUACGAGAAAGUACGUGCGUGGGACUGAACGGUACAUACGUACUGGUAAUCGUUUGUACUGGUACAGGAUGGCUUGUAGAACCUGUCCGCACGACACAAACAUCAUCUCUGAUGGGUUCCAACAGCUGCUUACCAUAGCGUUCUAUUCGCAUGGUGUCAUCGCUCAAUAUGGAACAGGUACUAGGCUGCGUAGAAACGUACUGUAGGUAGAUCGAGUACGAGUAGCAAAUUUUUGAAUCGUUGAUGUGAUGUCGUUUGUUUGUUGUUGUUCGAUUGCAUUAAAAAACUUACCCGUUGCAGAACUGAAUUGAAAACAAUAAUACUGUAACUUCUUGUAAAUAUAAAUACUUCUAUUCGUACAACUCCUACGCUACGGUACGUACUCGUAUGUAAUUCAAAAGAAGGCACAAGAACACGUAAUUGGAAACUCUGUUCAAAAUCCUUGUCGCCGCAAACAAUCCAUCUCCGUACCGUAUCGGAUACUGCUGCGGAGUUUCUGCGAAGUAGACAGUGCACACUGCGACAGGAACAGCAAUUACAGCACUUCUGCUUACUCGUACUGGGACUCAUAGACAACACAAACACAGUAGAAUAGCAGUGCAUUCGUUCAAGGAAGAGCAAUAAUUACGCUCGGAGUGACAUCUUUCUGCAUUCCGUUUUCCAUUUUCCAUCCAUCACCAUGUCUUCUCAUUCGGCUGGCAGCUCCAGCAGCGGCGGUGGCGGCGAUCCCCGGCAGGCCCAGAGCACAAGCAGCAACAAUGGCAACGGCAACGGCAACCCAAGAGAUCCCUCGGGCUUUCUGAACACGGACGAAUACGGAAGACCCUCCGAAUCUUCCGCUCCCACCGUCGUCAAGAUUGUCGGGACGGCCAGGGACGACCUGAACGGUCUGCUGGGAUUCUGCACUGCCUUCAACCGCGAUCGGGAACGAUACAUGGUGCGGAUGGCGUCGGUCGAUCCCGGGAAUUCUCCCAACGCCACCGUCAUGGCGCUCAAGCCGGCCAACCUCACCAAGGCUUCGGGGCUGGAGACCUACCGAGCAAUGUUCCAGCAGCUCAAAACGGAUCCCAGGGUCAAAAGAAAGCUCUCGGAAUACUACCAGCAGGCCGACACUCUUUGCCGGGGGCUGCCCCUUCCGGCCGGGACGAAACCGGAGCACGCUGCCGGGGCACUGCUGUGUGUCGUGGUGGGCCUCGUGUACCUUCUGGGAUUGACCAGAGUGAUCAUGCUGUCGGCCUGCCUCGUCAUGGUUGGCUGCAUCCUGGCCGACGACGUCCUUCGCCACCGAAAGCCAUGGAGGGUGGUCCUUCAGAACCUGCCCUCGAGGUCCAACGCGGUCCUCUCGAGACAGUUUCCCUUUUUGCGCGGGAGGCUCAGCGAUCCGGUGGCUGCCGGUCUCGUGGGCUUGCUUGUGCUGUGGACACUGCAAUCGGUGUUGUCGCGGAGUCCGGCCCCGGCACCCCGUAGCGGGACAACGGGAGGCGUCGGGUCCCGGUCCGGCCGUGACCUUUCGGCGUCCUACGCUUCCGUGAACCGGGACGUGCUGGAAGAAUUUUACAACCUCGGCUUCAAGGAUUCUGCAGAGGGGAGGGAACGCGGGCACUCGUUUGCCGAAGAGGUGGAGCAACUCCUCGGUAGCAGCAGCAGCAGCAGCAACAUCGGUGACGACGGUGACAUUCCGUACUCGUAUUCGGAAACACCGCACCUGCCGCUGACUCCACCGUCCGCCCUGGGGUCCCCUCCAAAAACCUUUUUCCAGAAACUGGUGAGCAUGCGCACGAUGGGGUCUUUGUUUUAUCUGUACCGCAUGGCCAUGCAGAUCGGAGUCGAUCACUCGACGGGGAUUUUUUCCGUUGCCCAGCUCUUUUCGAACAUUCAGCACUCGAUGCCACCGUGGCAAAAGGGGAUGCUAGCUUUUUCGUGCUACAACCUGGUCAGCAACCUUCUGUUCUAGAGGGAUCAAUGGAAAAAAUGGAAUUUCUUCAAAUGGUAUUGUUGCGAUGCAUGGAAUCGAUUUGUGAUUCAAGGGACGAUCCGAAGUGAAUGGAUUGAAGCGAAGUCAUUUGAGUAACGAAACUAAUUCCAAUCGAAAAGCAGCUAGAACCAUUGGCUCUAGCUAGGCAAGCACGUUGCACAGGAGGGAAAGCAACAAAAUCAAUCUUGCACUGUACCGUGCAAACGAAACUGGAAAAAUAGGGAUCGAACGAAGGAAGAACGGCCCGCAGUCCUGUCUUCCAAACCAACUAAAAACAUAAAAAUCAUGCAUUUACAAACAAC